UAUAAACCAAGAUGUCUGCGCCCAUAGGGAACUGUGGCAAUACCCGGUAGCGUUCAUUAUUUUCAGUUUUGCUUCGUUAAAUGCUGUUUUGAUGAAUAAAAAUAAUGGAUUUGAUGAAAAAGCGCUCAAGAUAUCACUCAAGUUCCCCUCCAAGAAAACACAGAAAACGUUCAACGUCAGGUAAAAAAAGACACAAAUCGGGCAAAUCGAGAUAUGACAGUUCAGAAUCUUCCAGUUCGUCGUCCGACACUUCAAAUACAGAUUCAUCUUCAUCUAGUGAUGAUAGCAGAACUCGUCGAAAGAAGAGAAAAUUGAAAAAGGAAAAAGCAAGUCGCAAAAGGGAGAGUUCCUCAGAUUCAUCAUCACAAGAUAGAAAGAAAAGGAAGAAAGAAAAGAAGAAGAAGAAAAAAAAGAAAAAGAAAGCAAAGAAAAAAAUUAAAGAAGCAAAGAAAAUACAAGAAAAAUCUAAUAAUGAAAUCCAAGGAGCUUCAACAAGUAAUCUAGGUAUUAGUAAACACAAAGAGGAAGGAAAAACACAAUCAGGACCAUCACCAAAUAUGAGGGUACUGAAGCCAAUGACAAAGGAGGAGUGGGAGAAGCAGCAAAGUGUUGUCCGUCGGGUGUAUGAUCCAGAGACAGGCAGAGACAGGUUAAUCAAAGGUGAUGGUGAAGUAAUAGAGGAAAUUGUCAGCAGGGAGCGACAUAAAGAAAUUAACCAGCAAUCUACAAGGGGAGACGGCUUGUUCUUCCAGUCCAAAAUGGGAUUAUUACCAAAGUGAUACCUUGUCUUCACAUUCCUGUCCUGAUGAAUUCUACACAAAGAUCAGGGUUUAUAUAUCAAGUUGGGACAGACAAAUAAUCUACAACAGAUUUGCCCUACUUGGAACAUACAUUAUCUACAAUAGUAGCUACUGGUAGUGUUACAGAUUGGUCAUUGGAGUGUUUUUUUUUUGUCUGCUUAAAUAUUCGGUUGUGAAAAAGAGGUUAAACUAAAGCUACACGAGCACUGUUUUGUAUGAAUAAUGUCCUGUGUUUUCCAUACAUCAGGUUAGAAGUUGCCUUCCUCGUUCCUUCUUCAUAUUUAUUAACUAUUAUUAACUCACCUGGUCUAAAAGAUCAGCAAGCUCAUGUUACGAUACCUUUUCCAUGAAUAAUUUUCCUUGAAAAUGCUAUUUCCCAAGAAUGGCUGAGUGUACUUUAACCAAAUGUGGUCUUGUGAAUGGAGUAAUGGAGACUUUAAAGUUGUAUAAACAGAAGGUGUGGAGAUAGAGGGUGGAGUUCAACAAGGGAAAUAGAUUUGAACCUUUAAAUGUGUUUUCCUUGGUUGAGAACUUGAGGUUGAAGGGGUUGGAGCCCAAUUUUGAAGGCAUCCUUUGAUGAAAGGAAUGUAGUAUAAACAAAGGCAUCCUUCAGUGAAUGGAACUCAUUUCUUCAAACACAAGAGAAUUAUGAUAUAUACCUAUCCAAUCAAGGCAGAGAAAUAGGAUACAUAUCAAGAAUUCAGGGUAUUAAGUCUUCAAUCUUGUGGUGAGUGGAAAGGGACCCAAUACAGUGGAUUAAACAAAAUGUUAUUGUGAGCAGUGCUGGGCUAUUGUAUGAGUGUUGUAUAAAUGGAGCAUUGGCAACCCCUCGGGACAGUUCAAGUGGAGGUGGGGCUUACCAGGUGAAAUAAAGGAAUUUGUUGAAAUACAAAAACUUUCAUUUGAAUCCAGACAUUGUCAUUAAUCAAGGGUGAACUGAUGAUUCUGUGAAGCAUUGUAAAUACAUUUAUGAUUAAACGCUUGUCAUUAA